AUGCAGAGCCCAUGUCUAUGCGUGCAGGACUGGCGUCAAAGCAUACCUGGCGAUUCUGUGGUGGCGCUCAUCGAGUCCCGCGCCCGUGAGAUCGGCUUUGCUGCCAUCCAUCGGCGGUCAAUGGAGUUCCAGAUCACCCAAUUUUCCGACACGGCCUCCUACAACCGGGCACUCUCGCAGUGCUUGGCGCUGGAGCCGGCCUGCGUCUUGGUCAGCCGGAGCGCGCGGGGCACGGAGCUUUUGAGGCUCUUGGAGCAGGCUUUUGGAGGGAGCUCCUGUCGGCUGACCUUCCUGGAGCGCCGGCACUUCGACGAGACCGAGGGCCAGGCCUUGCUGGAGGAGGCCAGCGUCGCUGGCCUGCAGCACGCCGACUUCGCGGAGAAGUUUGUGGCAGCAGCCGCUUUCACGGCACUCUGGCACUUCGUGGAAGCCUCUGCAGAUGUGCGACUGCAAGGCUCCGCCGUGAAGGUCACCUUCCGCGCAGCCAGCCAGACGAUGGCCAUCGAUGCGUCCUCCGCGCGCCUGCUGGAGCUGGUGCGUGGCCUCCGGGACCCUUCCAAAAGCUUGCUUGGGCUUUUCAGCUGCCGCACCGCCGGCGGCUCGCAGCUGCUCCGGCAGUCCUUGCUCCAACCCUCCGUGCAGCUCAAGGAGAUCCAGGCCAGGCAGGCAGCGGUGGAGGUGUUUCUGCGCCAGGAGCCGCUUUUCUUUCAGACGCAGCAGCUCUUGCCAGCGCUCGGAGACAUGGAGGUGCUUUUGGCACGGCUCACGGGAGAGCCAAGCCGUCAGGGCAGCCAUGGCUCCGAGUGGUGCAAGGUGACCGUGCGCACGGCGCUCCGCUUGCGCAACGUCCUGGCCGCCCUUCCCCUGCUCGCGGAUGUGCUCAAGUCAGCGCCGGAGGAAGGCCUCUUGGCAGAGGCGCGACAACUGCUUUCCCAUCGCCGGUUCACAGAGCUCCGGAAGGAGCUGGAGCGUGUGCUGGAUUCGAACGACGGCUCCACGGGCGCCGUGGGCCUUGGCCGCUCCAGAGGCUCCUUGGCGCACUGCGCCCUGAUGUGCGCCGUGAAAGCGAACGCCAGUGCCCUGCUGGAUGUGGCAAGGCAGACCUGGAGCGAGUCCAUGCAGGCGAUCCAGCAAGCGCACCGCGCCUUGGCCGUGCAGUACCCGGAGCUCCAGCUGCGCCUCGAGUUCGCCGAGAAGCGAGGUUGGUUUCUUUCCCAUGCGGCGCACGGCGUGACUCCGAGCGAGUUCUUUCACACCAGCCUCAAGGGGACAAGCGGAUCACGCUUGGCCUCCACGACCAAAGAGCUCAACUCUGAGAAUUUCAAGCUGCGUCAGGCGGAAGCCGAGAUCCUGAAGCGCACGGUGGAGGUCCUGGCUGGCCUGAUCCAGGAGCUCCGAAGCGAGGCCCCGCUGCUGCACCGGGCCUCCCAGGCCGUCUCCGUCCUGGACCUCCUCGCCGCCUUCGCCGGCUACGCUCUUUCCUCCAGCUGCGUUCGGCCGGAGAUCUCGGAUUCGCUGGAGGCUCCGAUGGCCAUCAAGGAGGGCCGCCACCCUCUGCUGGACCGCAGCAGGGCAUCUGAGCAUGGCGGGCAUCUGCACAGACGAGCCUCGAAGGACCGCUUGGGGGACUUUGAGCCUGUGGACUUCUUCCUGGAUGGAACCUGCCACUUCCAGACCAUCACAGGCCAGGCGCAAUUGGUCAUCUUAGCGCACGCCGGGUCCUUCGUCCCUGCGGGCUACGCAAGCUUCCGGCUGGUAACCUCGCUGUUCACGCGGAUGGGCACCAGCGACUCCAUCGAAGCCAACGCCUCCUCUUUCUUGGUGGAGAUGAAGGAGGCGUCGCACAUUUUGAAGAACAUCACUUCCCAGAGCUUGGUGCUCGUGGACGAGCUCGGCAGAGGAACCGCUCACGCCGAUGGCCUUGCGAUUUGCAAGGCCGUGUGCGAGAGGCUGAUGGACCUGAAGGUCUACACCUUCUUUGCAACGCAUUUCUUCGAGAUCUGCUGGAUGUCCGCGAAGUUGCAGGGCUUCCGCAGCAUGCAUCUUCAGCGGCUCUUGGAGGGAGAGAAGACGGCUCGCUUCUGCGUCCAACAUGUGACGUCCAUGAAGGCUUUGUGGGAGAAGGCGGAGGAGAGCUAUGGCCUGCGAGCCGCAGAGGAGCUGCUGCCCGCGGCGCUGCUCCGGCGUGGACGAGAGAUGCAAGCUCAAUCCAGCUCGAGGCUGCAAGGCCAGGGGGAGCCGGGCUGGGCCUGGGUGCAGCGCGCCGGCUCCAGCUGCGGCGCUCUGGCACGGCAGCUCCUGGCUCUGGCACGAGGCUCCUUAGCGCCGGGGGCCCCACAUCAGCAAAAAGAGAGGAUGUGA